AUACAGAGCAGCCCCCGACCCUGGUGAAUGCGGGCUGGAGUCGCUGCUGCCCGGACCGAGUGACAAAGGAAGGAAGGAAGGAAACAAGGAGGAGCCGGGGGCCCCCCUAAGCCGCUGUCAGGGCGCCGGGCUUUGGGCAAAGCGCGAACAUUUCCCGAGCGGGCAGCGAGCGGAGCUAGGGGGCGGGAGGGCAGCGACGGUGCCUUGGACGGGGGAGGGGGCCCUCAAGGGACGGAAGCGGUUGCCGGGUUCCCAUGUCCCCGGCGUAUGGGGAGCAGCACAGGAGCCGCUGCUUGGGGUCUGAAGGGAGCUGCCGCCGCCGCCGCCGCCAUGGCCGCUGGAUCCAGCCACCGCCUGCAGCUGCCCCUGGCGCAAUGAGGAGAGGAGCUGCCGCCGCCGCCCCCCGCCGCCUCUGACCGACUCCCCAGAUCCGACGCCUUCGAGCUCUCCGGUCCGGGCCGCGCUGAGCCGCGCCGACCGAGCGCUCCCUCCGCCCGUCGGCCGGAUCCUGCCGCCACCGCCGCCGCCGGAUCCGCAGCAUUUCCAGUCGCAUCACCCAGCCACCCUCCCUGCCUCCCUCCUUCCUUCCCCCUUCCCAUCCCCCUUUCUCUUCAAGCAAGAGACUCGUGAUCCCUCCGCCGCUUCCCUUCUUCAUUGACUCAAAAAAAAAAGAUCCCCGAGGAGGAAAAAAAAAUAAUAUUCAAAGUACUGAAAUUCCAAUCAAGUAAUUUCUCCCCUUCUCUUCCCUUCCCCCUCCGUUUUAACAGAUAUUUUUCAGGUUUUUCUCCCUUCCCCCUCCAAAGGUGAGGGGGAGAAGAAUUGUAUUUUUUCCCCAGCCCCAAAUCAUCUAUAUAGAAAAAUCCAUAACUCAUCCGUCUUGAAAGAGGAUAUAAAUCGAUCGUUUGGUUUUAUAUAGCUACGUAAAAGGAGUGAAAAGCCAAGAAGAAAAAAAAUUUUUUUUGGUGUGUGUGUGUGAGCUUAAUGCUGCAUUUGUCAUUAACUUACACCCCAAAAUAAAACAAAAGGAAGAAAAGGAGGAAGAAGGUGAUCGGGAAAGAGAGAUCAUGUCAGGGCGGCCCAGAACCACCUCCUUUGCAGAGAGCUGCAAACCAGUGCAGCAGCCUUCAGCUUUUGGCAGCAUGAAAGUUAGCAGAGACAAGGAUGGCAGCAAGGUAACAACAGUGGUGGCGACUCCUGGACAAGGUCCAGACAGGCCACAGGAAGUCAGUUAUACAGACACUAAGGUGAUCGGGAAUGGGUCGUUUGGUGUAGUGUAUCAAGCCAAACUUUGUGAUUCAGGAGAACUAGUUGCCAUCAAAAAAGUACUGCAGGACAAGAGAUUUAAGAACAGAGAACUCCAGAUCAUGAGAAAGCUAGAUCACUGUAACAUAGUCCGAUUGCGUUAUUUCUUCUACUCCAGUGGAGAGAAGAAAGAUGAAGUGUAUCUUAAUCUGGUGCUGGACUACGUUCCUGAAACAGUAUACAGAGUUGCCAGACACUAUAGUCGGGCCAAACAAACGCUCCCUUUGAUCUAUGUUAAGUUGUACAUGUAUCAACUGUUUCGAAGUUUAGCCUAUAUCCAUUCCUUUGGAAUCUGUCAUCGGGAUAUUAAACCACAGAACCUCUUGCUUGACCCUGAUACAGCUGUCCUAAAACUUUGUGACUUUGGAAGCGCGAAGCAGCUGGUUCGAGGAGAGCCCAAUGUUUCAUAUAUCUGCUCUCGCUACUAUAGAGCACCAGAGUUGAUCUUUGGAGCAACUGAUUACACCUCUAGCAUAGAUGUAUGGUCUGCAGGAUGUGUAUUGGCUGAGCUGUUACUAGGACAACCAAUCUUUCCAGGGGACAGUGGUGUGGAUCAGUUGGUGGAAAUAAUCAAGGUCCUGGGAACGCCAACGCGAGAGCAGAUUCGAGAAAUGAAUCCAAACUACACUGAAUUCAAAUUUCCUCAGAUUAAGGCACAUCCUUGGACUAAGGACUCGUCAGGAACAGGACAUUUCACCUCAGGAGUGCGGGUCUUCCGACCCCGAACUCCACCUGAGGCAAUUGCAUUAUGUAGCCGUCUGCUGGAGUAUACCCCGACUGCCCGACUGACACCUCUGGAAGCUUGUGCACAUUCAUUUUUUGAUGAAUUACGGGACCCAAAUGUCAAAUUACCAAAUGGGCGAGAUACACCUGCACUCUUCAAUUUCACCACUCAAGAACUGUCAAGUAAUCCACCUCUGGCUACAAUCCUUAUCCCUCCUCAUGCUCGGAUUCAAGCAGCUGCUUCAACCCCUACAAAUGCUACAGCAGCUUCAGAUGCUAAUGCAGGAGACCGAGGACAGACCAAUAACGCAGCCUCAGCUUCAGCCUCCAACUCCACCUGAACCAGCACCAGGCAGCCAGCUGUGCAGGAAAACUCGCCGGCCACUUGGGUUUCACUCAGCAACACUGGUCACGUUGGGAAAGAAAAUUAAAGAGAAAAACACCUUGUUCAUUUUAGUGUUCAGUUUUUUAAUCAUUGUUGUCCUUACUUAACCUUGUAAAAUAUCUAUAAAUACAAACCAGUUUCAUUGUAUGCUCACUUAAAAGGACUUCCAGGGGCUCGGGAGGGGUCGUGGGGAGGGGACAAGCGGAGCUAUAGAACGUGAAGUGACUCCCGCGACAAUCUUUUUUAUGGAAAGUCUGCUGUUACGUACUCUAAAAGCAGGACUCUUGCCUCGUGCCCCCUUCCACAAAAGAAGAACACUGUUCUGUGCUGAAGUUUGGGGAACUUUCUUUUCUUUUUUUUUUUUUCCAGUCAAAGUGUCAGACAUUGGUAUAGUGCACAGCUUGAAUUUGGUUGGGAGCUUAGCAGAUGUAAUUCAUUGGGGGCUUCAGUGUUGCUUGUAAUAUUAAUCCAUAUCCUAGGGUAUUUGAAGAAUUGCCUUUGGCAUGUUGGGGUGGGUGUGGCAGAUACAAUAUGAAAUGUGUCACAUCCAUCACCAAGGGAGGCAAUUGAGUUUCAAGUUUGGAGCUACACGCGGAACGUUUUCAGGGGGGUUGCUUAUUUUUUUUAAUUUUGCUCUUACAUCAGGGUGAGAGAAACCUACAGUGUCACACAUGAUAGAGAGUUGUCAGAUGAGGAGAAGCAAGCCAGAGCCUGGCUCUGUCAGCUGUACAAGAGGAUGCUUGUUUGGCCGACUGAAGGCUCUCUGCCAGAUCUCAGCCUAGCUUUCAAGUAGUGACCUAGAAAGGCUAAGAGGAAAAAAAAAUAGGUGAGCAGCUCUGGUCUGCAAAGAGAAAAGCUGGCGAUGAACUGUGUCCUAUGGGAAGGGGACAGCUUAGGGGCUCUUUGGCAAAUGGCCGCUGUGAAUAUAUUUUUCCAGGUUUUGCUCUAAAAUUGCUUCCCUUGCAAAGAUACACCAUGAGAGGACACUAUAGUUUAUAAUGUGAACUGUAACAGUCUACUGGUUUAUUUUUCGUAAUUUUUUAUUGAAAGUUGAGCUUGCAAAUUGCCACAUUCUAUACAUAGUUCUAAUUUUAAAUCCAAAUCUAGAAUCUAUAUUUAAUUUCAUUCUUUUUUAACCUCAUGCUUUUUUAAUUUUAUUUAUUGAUGCAUGUCAGAUACGCCAUUAUGAUAUUAAAAUGGUAAAAAUAUUAAUAAACUAGGCAUCAAAAUUAUAUAAAAAGUACUUGUACCUGCUGACUUAUAGGAAAGCUGAUUAUAUAAAUGUGUGUGUAUAUAUAUUAUAUAUAUACAUGUAUACAUAUAUUCAAUACUGCUUUUUUAUUUUUUGUCUACAAUAUCAAAAUUGUCUGAUUGAAGCAUGAGAAGAAUGCUUUUUUUUUCCAGUUAAUUAUCUUGUUCUGUUUUCUUUCUGUAUCAGUGAAUGAUGUCAGAAUCAAAGUCUCUGUUUUUGAAGUAAAAGCAAUAUUCCUUGGAAAGCCAGGAGGGUGGAUGGAUUAUAUUUGCAAUGUAGAAAUAGUCUUUUCAGAACUGGUCUGUUUUAUACUUGUGAGUUUGGUGUCCAUGUGGGCCUUAUAUACUCACUAAAAUGAACCUUAGUCACCUUGGUGCUUAUGGGCCAUUACUUGACCUGUGACUCUUUAAGGCACAAUCAGUUGUAUUUUACAUUUAAAGAUCCUUUUAAGUGAUGGCCCCUUCCCUCCUGCCUACCCUUCCUCAAACACCUUCCAAGGAUAAACUAGCAACAGCAGAGCUGGCUGGGAGGCAAAAAGGGCGGAGGCUUGUCUCUCUCUGAGCGUUCAACUUGCCCUCACCCUCCUCAUUUUUACAGGAAGUCAUGUAGGCAUUUGAAUGUCUCACCUUCCAACCCAUUUGGAAGAUCAGUCUCUUAGUAGUCCUGAAAAUGGGCACUGACAUCUCCACUGCCCUGCUGUUUGACAAAAAGGGUGUCUGAGAGAUGGUUGCCUCCUGCUGAGAUGAACUGAUACCCAGAAAGAAAACUAUGAGACAUCUUAGUUUUCACUCAUUCAGCAACACUCUUUGGGGUGUUUGAAAGUUCUGGGUAUAGCAUAGUAGAGGAAAGAAAAAAACACACACAGCCCAAAAAAAAAAAAGCCCUCACAAAUAUUCUUAGUUUGAUUAACUAUUAUAAUUAGAAUCUGAAAGAAGUCUAAAUUCAUGAAACUUGCCCGCAAAAUCCUGUAAAGGGGAAUAAGGCUUUGAUUAUAAGUUUUCCAAAAGAAUUUAUAGAAGAUUUAAAAGGCAGGUUAAUAACUAAUAAUGGAUAUACUUUAAGACAAUACCCAGCCACAGAUUUGGAGACAGACAUUACUCUGGACUUGGGUAGUAUUUUCCAAAGUCCAUAAAAUCACUGCUUAUAUCAGGAAACAUUUUGUGUCUUUUUUUUCCUGAGGAUGGAAGGAGGAGGAGGAGAAGGAAGAAAAAGAAGAGGGAAAUGUAAGCGCUUUUCUCUCCUUUUUAUUUUGUUUUGUGUGUGUGAGGGCUGAGGUCCGAUGAUUUUACUUUCUCAAGGAUCAUGACAGGAUCACAGAACUCUUUUAUACAAGCGAGAUCCAGGUCUCUGAAUAUCUUUUUGUAAAUAAUAAUAAUAAUAAAAAGCUCCUCACCAAAUUCAAGCUUGUACAUUAGAUUUUCUUUUGAUGUUUUUAAAUUUAAGUUUUAUUGUUUUGUAUGUAAAUAUGUGGACCCAGGAACUGUUAUUAAUGAGCAAAAAGUUACUGUUCAGGGCAGCGAUUCUGUUUAAUAAUCAGACAAAAUGUAGACGAGCUUUUUAAAGCCAUAUAGUUUUAACUCUGUACAGUAGGUACCGGCCUGUAUUAUUGUAACAAUAACUCUAGCAAUGUAUAGUGUAUCUAUAUAGUUUGGAGUGCCUUCGCUUCCAUGGUUCGUUUUUGGUUUUGUUUUUUGUUUUGUUUUAUAAUUUUGUUUCCCUUUUCUGUGUCCCCAUUCCCUCUUUUAACUGAUGUCUCACAAAGCAGCAUUUAGCCCUUCCCACAGCUGUUACGAGUGCUGUUAAGGUUUCAGUGAUACCAUGCUUAGUAGUGGAAAGAGAGGAAACCACGUUCUAACUCAUUUUACUCACGCCCCGACUUUGUUUUGGUUCUGAAUGUUGGUUUCCUCCCCAGUAGCAGUGACCGGUUUCAUUAUUUUGCCCAUCACCCACCCAGCACCAACUUGCCCUAAAGCUGGGGCAGGGAUCAGCUAGGUUAGAUUUUUGCUCGUCUUUCCCCAAGCCCUACGUCCAGGGGUCUUGUGAACAGCAGAUUCUGGGAGCCUUCCUUUGGGUUCAUUUUCUCCCUCUCUUUGCCUUCCUUCCUUCCUUCUCCCCAUCCCCUCCCCCCGAGAGAGAGAAUUUGAUUUUAUGAGUCAAAAAUAUCAUCAUAGGACCACAGCUUGAGAAAAAAUGGUUCAGAAUAUCACAUCCUAAUUACUGGUGGCUACAAUAUGUAGGACCAUUUCAGUUAAAAUACUGUUGUUUUAACAAGAACUCUUAGCUCGCUCCCUUCUUCUUGCCACUCUCACCCCUUCCAAUAAAAUGUCAUUUAUAAAUUCUUAAUUAAAAUCAGUUUAAUUUUUAUUAUGCGCCCAACACAAAGGCUUUUUUUAAAACAAGGAAAAAAUCACAGCCAUUUAUGUUUUGCCUCCAAGUAUUCUACAUAUGAUGUCUUGAAGAGAAGAAAAAAAAUCUUUACCAAACCAAAGGUUGCUAUUUUUGACACAUCUUGUUGUUCAUUCCAGCAAGGCAAAAGACGGCACCUUUUUUUUUCUAGUGACGUGACAGUGAUGUAAUUUUUUUGUUCUGUUAACAGUCCACUCGAUUUUUUAAAAAUAUUUUUGGUUUGUUUUUAGCAAAGUAUGGCUGACCAGUCAUUUUGUCUGCACUAAUGCAAAGGUUUCUGGGAGAACUAUAUUCUCUGACCCUGUGGAUAUCAAGACACUGGUAUUAUUAUGUUUAAAAUUUCUUGCCAUUUCCCUUUGAAAAGUCUAACUUUGGACAUUCUAAAAAAUAACAAAACAAAAACAAAGUUUGGCCAAUGCUAGAUCCCCAGUAGUUAACAUUCGUUUUAAGAAAACAAUUGCAUCGGGUUCCUACAGUUCACGAUUAGCAAAAUUCUAAAUCUUGAUGGAGCCAAACUUUUUUCCCCCCUACAAAAAAAACUAAGCAUCCUUUACCAGUAUUUUAGUCUUUUCUGGUAGAAACCUGAGCCAUUGAAGGUAAAACAGACAACUUAGAAGCACAGACAAGUAACCAGACCAGGGCCUGCCUUUCUGAAGUUUUGAAAAGUAAUCCCUGGGGUUUAGAUUAUUUUCACAGGGGUCAUGCCCGAUUUUAUUCAAGUUUGUCGCACCAUUUUGCACCUCUGCAAUAAAAGCAAAAUGACAAACCAUGCAUAAGGGGUUAGCUUGAGAAGUAGCUUCCUUGUGUUAAUUCAUUCUAAACUUUUUUAUAUAUCUGUCUACAGGGAGAUGCAGAUAGAUGUAUGAAAAUGUGCUUGCCUGUAAAAUUUGCAUUUAUAAAUGUGUUGCCGAUGGAUCACUUGGGCCUGUACACACACCGAUUAGCGUGACCACUUCCAUAUUAGAAACAGAAAUCUAAAUAUAUAUAAAUAUAUAUAUAUAUAAAGGACUGUGGGUUGUAUACAAACUAUUGCAAACACUUGUGCAAAUCUGUCUUGAUUUAAAGGAAAAGCAAAACCUGUAUAACAUUAUUACUACUUGAAUGCCUCUGUGACUGAAUUUUUUUUUCAUUUAAAUAUAUACUUUUUUGUGGACAGUAUGCUUAAUGUUUUUUUUUUUCCUUCCCCCAUUCCCUUGUAAAUACAUUUCGUUCUGUGUGACUCAGUUUGGAAAUAGUUAACUGGUACUGUAAUUUGCAUUAAAUAAAAAGUAGGUUAGCCUGGAAAUGAAAUUCAAAUUCGGAAGUGUGUGGUCUUUAUUUCAGUUCCCAGCCCUCUUUCUUUGUCCUCUCUAAUUUGCCACUGCUCUGUUGACUGCCGUUACUUUCCCCUUUCCCUAAAUUAAUGAAAUAUGAAUCUUUGUUACAAAAAUCAAGAUGUAGAUGUGUUUUCUCUCUUUUCCCCUCCAAAUAAACUGUUAUUCCAUUGCCUUGUCCAAGGGGUACAGCUUAUAUUUAGUAUGUUAUUGGAUUUGAUGAAAAGGGGAUUUCAGCAAACUACUUUUGAAAAGAAAGGAAAUGUCCAGUUCAAGGGACAAACUACCAAUUGUAUACUGCCGGCUUUGAACACUGUGCUCUUGGUUUGGGGUAACUGUUUUUUGCUUUUUUUUAAAGCUUCAUCCCAUUGAUGUUACUGGGUGGUGAUUUGUAAGACUAUAUGAACACCAUUUCCAGUGAGGCUGUACUUCCCAAUAAAUCAACACAUGCUGUGUUUGAGUCUGGUGAUUUCCAAUCCUGGAUGCUGUAUGUAAACACAAUAUGUCUAUUAGUGCAAAGAAAUACAUCGUUUUCAGGGCUGGCUCCCGUGGCCAAUUCUGUGACCAUCCUAAAAUCUAGAUGCAAGGUCAUGUGACUUCACUGCUUCAAUAAAACAAAUUUAUAUUGGA